AUGGGCGCAAAUGUCCCAUCUUUUACUAUCCCCUGCGAUCCUCUUUCAUACACCAGUGGGCGAUGGCUGAAUCAGGAUGAUCUGCAGCGCAACUCUCGCUUCAUCCAGUUCGAUUUUACUGAGCUCUGCAACACCGUGAUAAAACUACACCCAAAUGCGAAAAAAAUUAUCAACUGCGACAAGAAAGAAGGCGGGUUCAACCGGGUCUUUAUUUUCACUUUCGAUUCAGCAGAUCGCGUGGUGGCAAAACUUCCGACGAAGAUCGCAGGUCCGCCACGGCUAAGUUCCAAUGCCGAGGUGGCGACGAUCGAAUAUCUGAGAAGGAAAACAUCAAUUCCGAUUCCAAAGAUACUGGCGUGGAGUGACGACCCGUCAAACCCCGUGGGCUCGGAAUACAUCAUCCAAGAACAAGUCGAGGGCGUCCAACUACAUCAAGUAUGGCCCUCCAUGUCCAGUCACCAGCAUAUGCUGUGUACGAAACAUGUAUCUUUACGGAUAAAAGAAAUGGCAGCUCUUGAUUUUCCCGCAUUUGGAAGCAUCUAUUUUUCCGAUGCUGCCAUCGACUCUUCGAAGACGAUCCCUCUGAAUCAGGAAGGUUUAUGCGUGGGUCCCAACUGCAGUCCUAUUUUUUGGAAUUGCAGCCCAAGGGAGUUGGAUCUUUAUGGUGGGCCAAGUCCUGAUUGUGGCCCCUGCCAUUCACGAAUUCCGCAAAGGCAUAUGGUCAAGCAGCAACUUCCAUAUCAAGGGUCGGUUCAAGAGCAUAUCAAUCUUCUUCACACAAGCCAGAAGGUUUUGGAACACUUGAUCAAGGACAGUCGAAUCCAAAAUGCUGCCUCUCCCACUUUGAUCCAUCCUGAUCUACACAAGCGCAAUAUCUAUGUCAAUCCCAAUGACCCAACAAUCAUCACUGGGAUUAUUGACUGGCAGUCAACUAAUGAAGUCGACGAGCUGACUGAUUCAGCCGAGAAGCAAAAGCUAAAUGAUGCGAAAAUCUGUCAUCAAACCUAUGAUGUGAUCAUGAAAGGUCUCAUCCCUAAAAUGGGCCCUGCUAAGCUGCUUGAUCCUACUUUGUUCCGACCAUUUCAUUAUUGCCAUACAACAUGGAGAGAUAGCGCUACUGCUCUUCGCCAAGAGCUGAUGGAACUCUCGGCUCGGUUGUCAGAGCUCGGAAUGGAGGAGUCUUGUCCUUACUCACCUGGUGAAGAAGAGAUCACCAAACAUGCACAGUACUAUGAGGAUUUUGAGACAGUCCAGCGACUAAAGUUGUGGCUCAAAAACUCACUUAAUACGGAUUCUGAUGGAUGGGUUCCGAACGAAUUUUGGGAUGCUGCAAAGGAUGCGCAUAAGACUGCCUAUCAUGAAUGGAUGGAAACUGCAAGAGAGGCCGAGGCUCAAGGCGAUGAGUUGACGGUGGAAAAGGCUGAUCGGUUGUGGCCUUUUGAUUCUAGAUGA